UUUUGGCCUUGCGGCAAUCAGUGCCUGGGGCGUGGCUCCGAGCUAUUUAUUACACGUCGAGUCCCGCGCUUCUCAUCUUCGUCCUCCGCUACCUGCUCUUCUUCUCCCCUUCCCCCCAUUGUUGUUUUCAUCCCAUACAUCGUCACAUCGUUGCCGCAUACGUAAUCUCUCCCACAUAUCUAUUUCCACACAUCACAAACACAAUGGCUGACCAGCGCCCCGCUCCCCUCCGCCUCGGCACCGUCGCCCCCAACUUCAAGGCCGAGACCACCAACGGCCCCAUCGACUUCCACGAGUUCAUCGGUGACAGCUGGGUCGUUCUCUUCUCCCACCCCGAGGACUACACCCCCGUCUGCACCACCGAGCUCGGUGCCUUUGCUAAGCUCGAGCCGGAGUUCGCCAAGCGCGGCGUCAAGCUCAUCGGCCUGUCUGCCAACACCCUCGGCAGCCACGAGGGCUGGAUCAAGGACAUUGACGAGGUCACCGGCUCCAAGGUCGCCUUCCCCAUCAUCGCCGACAAGGAGCGCAAGGUCGCCUACGCCUACGACAUGCUCGACUACCAGGACACCACCAACGUCGACGAGAAGGGCAUUGCCUUCACCAUCCGCUCCGUCUUCAUCAUCGACCCCAAGAAGACCAUCCGCACCAUCCUCUCCUACCCGGCCUCCACCGGCCGCAACUCGGCCGAGGUCCUCCGCAUCGUCGACUCCCUCCAGACCGGCGACAAGCACAAGAUCACCACCCCUAUCAACUGGGUCCCCGGUGACGACGUCAUCGUCCACCCCUCCAUCAAGACCGAGCAGGCCAAGGAGCUCUUCCCCGAGGUCCGCAUCGUCAAGCCCUACCUGCGCUUCACCCCUUUGCCCAAGGACAAGGCCACCAUCGCGUAAGUGGCCGCGCUUGGAACGACGUCUGGGGGCGUUUCAUUGCGUGACACGUUCUCCAAUCCGUCUUGCCUAGGGGGGGGAUCCUAGCCUGCACAAACCACAGAUCGUGGCGGGUGACUGACUGGAUGAACCCAAUAAAAUAAGACGAGAAGGAAAAAAAAAGAUUCAAAACAAAAAUUGGAAUACGAGUCGAUGCUCUCCAGGCGUAGGAGACUACGUACGGAGGCAAGACUCCUUCGUCUGUAUACCCCGCGUAGCUUUGGCAAUGGUAGGGUUGGCAUGGCCCAGUCAAGCAAGAUGCCCUUCACCAGGACUACUUCGUUUAGACAGCAAUAUCCCCUCGGCCUUUGUCAUAGGACGUAUGAAAUAAUGAGAAAUGUCCCAAAGAUUGUAUAGGGCCUUUUGGCAUGCACUUGGUGACAUCGGGCCAAAAGAAUCUCUGCAUGGAAACCUGUCGAACUGAUACCUCGCG